AUUGCCGCUAAAAGGAACGACUGGAACGUAAGCGCAAGUGAGACGAGAGAGAUAGUCUUGCGUAAUUGUUAAGGAAGGAAUUUCGUGCUCGCGAGAUUCGUGUGAUACAUUGCAUAACUUCGAAUUAUUAUUAAAAUGUAGUAAGCUUUAAGCUUUAAGAAAUCGACCAAUCAUAACCGAAUAUGAGAAGAAUAGUCAUUGGGGAUGCGUCGUACGAUGAGUUCGGAGAAUACGCCGAUUGGCUGCCGGAUAGAGAAUUCCUAGAGUCCCUAACAUUUCCUCUAGAUGUAAUACCAUCUUCAAUGAGCGAACAUCGAUGUUUUUUCAUACAUCAAUGAUUUCGCCCAUCUCUACGUUCGAGCGAUACCAAAGUUGCGUUCGGGAACACACGCGCAAUGUGAGGAGGACCUUUCGGGUUCCGUCGUUUUUCGUAUACCAACCUGAAAGCAACGUAUUUGCCGCAUACACUUCCGAAUCUCACGUCGAUCAAGCUGCGGCUGCGAGGCCGCAGAUGUUCGCACGAAUUUACAGUCGUUGCUACUCGCCAAAGCGUGAAUAUAAUAAACUCGAUGAACACAGGUGAGUAAUUCGCAAGCGAGCGCGAUUUACUUCGAAAUCGCCCGUUGUUUUUCGCAAGGAAAAUCAAUGAAGUGAAUCUCUUCAUUCUCCGAGAUUCGAAUUUCAACGUAUAUGAAGAAAGAAUUUUGGCUCAAUCUAUCUGAACGAACCAAACGUGUUUUCUCUUUGAAGGAGACGGAAUUUCUGGUUAUAACAACUGAAUUUGGGGUUCGUGAGAAUUAAGAAUUCCGCUUCCUUCAGCCGAGACGUGUUUGGGUUUGUUCGUUGCCACUCCGGGUGGGACAGAAAAUCACGAUAACCUCGAAAUGAUGAGAAAAUAUUUAUAAUAAUAACUCAUUUUUCUAUCAUGAUUCGAUUGCUUUCUCGUCAUUUUGACGCCAUUUUGACUACUACUUUCUCUCCUUUAAAUCGUAUUCGAUCGAACGUCCCCCUGUAAACCUCUCCGAUGUUCAAUCGUCGGAAAACUAUCGACAGGCUCGGAGGCAAUCGGCGAUCUCGGCCGCCGAAUUAUGUGAUCCGAGCGAUAGCAAUUGCGGGGACAUGUUGAUGCGCGUUCGGAUUUAAUAAUAAAUAGUUCAGCCGCGCACGACAUUUUUCAGGCCGGGUUCGAAUCGGCCGCCUUUAUCGGCGAGCACGUCGUCAUAGCGACGUCGAUUUGUUGGCGAGGAUUCCGAACAGAGUUGUGGCGAGACAGAGAGAAAGAGAGAGAAAGAGUGAGAGAUAAGAGAGAAUCGUGUCUCUCUCGAGAAUCGCGAUGGACGGUUGUUUCGGUCCGCAGAAUUUAGAGGCGCUUCGAAAUUUGAUCUGCCCGCCGGAGGAUGAUUCCGACGCCGAGGACGAUCUACCACAGGCGGGCGCGAAAAAGUUGGGACCCGGCAAUAUCGGUGUAUCCUCGGCCGAACCUGCCCAAGUCUACUCGGGACCUCACGCGCCGCUCCGAGGUGCGGAUGACGAUAUCUGGCAUCCCUCGGAAGCGGUCGACGCUGAAAACGCGCCGGAUUACGACCCCCGAACGGUACCCGAGUAUGAGAUGAGAUACAAGCAAGCAGUGACGGCGGAGGAUGUUUACUUAGGGAUGGGCUUUAAAACGCCGGGCACGGCGUCUUGCGAGUGGCUAUCGGUGAUGGUGAAAUUGCCGCAGGAGACGCGGGAAAAAGUGGAGCUCUCCGUGGAAUCCGAGGCGAUCGACGUGCGCAGCCCAAGAUAUCGGCUGCACCUACCGACGCCUCAUCCGGUGGAUCCGAACGCAUCCUCCGCCAAAUGGCACAACGACACCUUCAUCCUGGAGAUCAGUCUGAAGCUCACGCGCGAGUUGGAUAACAUAAACUUCUGAUUCGGCGGGAGCGAUCAGUCAUCAACGUCUCGAGCGUCGCACUGUCGUGCAUCGUGUGUCGAAGUAAGUUCAGGCAAUUCCAUCUCGUCCUCGGCGUCGGCCUGAUUUGUGCGUAGCGUAGAGGUAAGACGUUGCGCAUUUUCGCGCGAUUAAAUUUCGCCGACGGAUCCGUCGACGUGUUCCAGCUCAAUUUCUCCGCGGGAGGCACGUCGUCGUCGUCGUCAUCGGUGUUCCCUCGUUCUGCAAUUUUUCGUAUCAAACGUACUCCCGAUUAAUCCGAAGUGAAGUAUAAAAAUUCCGUUAGAGACAGCGAGAGACAGCCGUUUACUUGUCGAGACACGUUUGGUACACGAGUAUAUUAAAAAAAAAAAGUAUAUUAAAAAAAAAAAGCGGAACGAAAAAACCAAGUUUCAGUUAUGUAAAUUUCGUCACACAGACUGCUAUUGAGUCAAGUUGAAUAAAAAUCGAGGCAGUUCGAUCGACAAUCUGACGUAGGAAAUUCAAAUAUACAAUUUAGUCUACGGUAAAAGGUUAAUGAAACUAAAACGUAGUCGCACGUAUGAUGUAAACGCUCUUUCUAUUACUAAACGGUUGAGAGAGAGAGAGAGAAAGAGGGUGGAAAGGAGGAAAAGAAAGGACGUAAUAUGAAUAUAAUUUUAUUUCUAAUGGAAGGUUAAAUAAAUUAAACGAUCAAUACGUGACCAGUAAUGUAUUAGAUCAGUUUUAUGAUCGCCCCAUUAAAACGCCGAACUAAUUUUCGAGCGUGUUUUACGUACAACGUUUUGUAAACAAGGGAUGAAAAAAACAUCGCAACUAGAAUCCAGAUUUAUUUUGGGAAAUCGGAUUCCCCAAUUAAAUCCCAAGAGAUUUUUUUAUACGAGCUGAUCUUUUUUUCACGGCAUACUUUCACGCAAACGUUGGAAGUACGCACAGCCGAGCGAUCUUUCGCGCGCACGAACGUGUUUUAUAAUCGUCGCGCGAGGCUCAUUUCCGGCUCGUACAAUUGUAGAGAGAGAGAGAGAGAGAAAUAGAGAGAGAAAUGUUUAUCACGCUUCGUUAUAUCCUGACGAUGAAUUUUUCCCGCCGAGUCUCGCGUACAACGCUGCGGUAAUUGACGACAAAAUCGUAUUUGCAUUUUGUGUAAUGUCAUGUCCUUGAUUACGGCGCGCUCGCGAGCUCGUUACGCGAUGCUAAUUUACCCGCGACGUGCAAAUAGCAAAUUGCGCCCCGUAAUCGUCGUGCGGAUCGUCGAAUCGCCGCGGCCGCGCGGCCGUCACGUCGGGGAUCGCGAGCGUUCAUCGCGCAAGAAACGACGGUAACGUUCACCGUCUCCCGGGGUAUGGACAAUCGGCACGUGGCUAAUGGCCCCUUCGCCAGAUGGACCGGAACGAUCGUGCGAGAACGAUGCCAUGGACCUGGCGACGGUAUCCUGGAUUCCGGGACUGCCGCGGGUACUUUCCCCGGAAAGCAAUCGCGGAGGUCGCGUUAAUACGGGAGAGAAGGAGAGAAAGAAAGAAAGAGAGAGAGAUAGAGAAAGAAUACACGAAGAGGGUCUUACGGUGAAAAUUACUAUAGAAUUUCGUAGCCGACCCGGAUAGACAGGAGUGUCCGAAUUUGGCGGUAACCUUCCUGGUAGAAAUUGAACCCCGUAAAUGCACGGCCGUAAGGUGGUAAAUUUGUGUCUGACGUCGCUACUGGCUAUAAUAAUGUAACGUUCACUUCUUUUUGGCGGCUAAGCAAUGGCUAGAUAAAUAAGUCAGCUUAUGGUUAAACAAGAGAAAAUACGGUUGUCAGAUGAAAAACUAGUUGUCAAGUAAUGAUAUAAUGCUCACUUCUGCUUUUUGAAGAUUUUUAUGGAAUAAUGCACCAAUUUUUAUUUGCUACUUCAUUUUUCACUACUAGUAGCGGAUAUACAGUAGCUAAACUAUAUGUUUCAGAAUAGACGGUGCCAUCAUAUUUGAUACGUAAUGAGGAGACAACGAUUGAAUCACACAAAACCGAUUCUGUACUCGAAUAAUUACUAUUUGAAUAACAUGUAAAUAAUUAGUUAUACAUUUGAAUAACAUGUGAAUAAUUAGUUAAUAAUGAAUCAAUAACAAGCUAGAAAAUUCAAUCUAUUCUGAACUAGCUAACUUCACUGAGGCUGACUAAUUAUAUUUCUACUCGGGCAACAAUAGUGAAUGUCCCUUUAUAUAGAGGUAAAUGUGGACGACUAUUGGAGGGUUGAGGUCAAGGCAGGAGUGGAUGGGAGGGUUGUAAUGAUGAAAAUUUGUUCCAAACAAUACGUCAUGUGAAGAGAUGUGACAUGAAAAUAGGAAUGUAACUUUCGGCAAAUUUGCCACUGCAUCAAUAUAACGGAGAAUUUACAUUAACGUAUAACACACACUUUUUUGACGAUUAAUUCAAUACAGUAUAUUUGCUUCGUAAAUGUAAUUGAGAAAGAUUGUAAAC